ACGUGACGGAGGUCACGUGAGCCGCGAAAACAGGAACCGCGGUGGAAGUCUUGUUUUACUUAUGAGGGAGAAGAAGGAGAAGAGGACGUUGGUAAAAAGAAAUCAGUGCUGGGGGGAAUAAUAGUGUUUCACUAGAAGACGGACACGGAUCACAGCAUGACUCGGAGGUUAUGGCCCCAGGUCCCUUGGAUUUGCUGUGUAUCCAUAGGGAUAAACACACAGACACACUGACUCGUGCGUGUGCACGGAGCACUUCUUUUCUUUUCGAUCACCGGAGCCAAAACCAAAGUCAGAGAAAACCGAGCAGCACUUGCCAAAAGCCAGCGAGAGACAUCUAAAGCAGAGGCGACAACUUGAUCUCUUUGUGUUUUCACCUCUCACCGUCCCACUACAAUGGACCGACCUCUGCUGAGCCGGGUGACAUCCGGGGGCUGCUGCUCCUACAGCACCCUGAAGGCCUGGCUGCCCAUCCUCUCCUGGCUGCCCAGGUACAAGCUGAAGUGGCUCCAGAUGGACCUGCUCGCGGGGAUCACCGUCGGGCUGACGACUGUACCGCAGGCGCUGGCUUACGCUGAAGUAGCCGGGCUUCCUGUGCAGUACGGACUCUACUCUGCCUUCAUGGGGGGGUUCAUCUACACCCUCCUGGGGACCUCCAAGGAUGUGACGCUGGGUCCCACGGCCAUCAUGUCCCUCCUGUGUUUCUCCGUGGUGGGGGGGCAGCCACAGCGAGCCGUGCUUCUCAGCCUCCUCUGUGGACUCAUCCAGGCUGCGAUGGCCUUACUGAGAUUAGGCUUCCUCUUAGACUUCAUCUCUUUCCCUGUAGUAAAAGGCUUCACUUGUGCUGCUGCAGUAACCAUUGGCUUUGGUCAGGUCAAGAACAUUCUGGGCCUUCAGGGCGUUCCCCACCAGUUCCUCCUGGAGGUUUACUACACAUUCUACAAGAUCCCAGAGGCCAGGACGGGCGAUGUGGUCCUGGGUCUGCUUUGUUUCGGACUGCUGGUCAUGUUGAUGUUCAUGAAGAAUAGUUUGGACUCCGAGGACGCGCCCCCCUGCACCAGACUCUCCAGGAAACUGGUGUGGGCUGUUGCUACCAUGCGUAACGCCCUGGUGGUCGUGGCUGCGUCCCUCGUGGCAUUUUCCUGGGAUGCAUACGGUCAUCACGUGUUCACGAUCACCGGGGAAACCUCCCAGGGACUCCCGCCAUUCAUGCCCCCACCCACCUCAGACACCAUGGCCAACGGCACUGUCGUCUCCUUUGGAGAGAUUGUGGAGGGCUUUGGAGGAGGGCUUGCUUUGAUUCCCUUCAUGGGUCUGUUGGAGAGCAUUGCUAUUGCGAAAGCUUUCGCCAGUCAGAAUGACUACAGGAUCGAUGCCAACCAAGAGCUGCUGGCAAUUGGUGUGACUAACAUCAUGGGCUCCUUUGUGUCAGCCUACCCUGUCACCGGCAGCUUUGGCAGAACUGCGGUAAACUCCCAAACCGGUGUGUGCUCUCCAGCUGGAGGGAUCAUCACCAGUGUGAUUGUGUUGCUUUCCCUGGAGUUUCUCAUGCCGGCGUUCUACUACAUCCCCAAAGCAUCUCUGGCUGCCAUUAUCAUCUGUGCGGUAGCUCCCAUGAUGGAUUUUCACGUCGUGGCUAAGAUGUGGAGGAUACGCAAGCUGGACCUGCUGCCUUUUGUCGUGACGUUCUUGAUGAGCUUCUGGCAGGUGCAGUACGGCAUCAUGGGAGGAGUAGCUGUAUCAGGAGUCCUGCUGCUGUACAACAUAGCAAGACCCCAGAUAAAGGAGUCGGAUCACGGGGCACUAGUGAUGGAGUUGAGCAGUGGACUAAGUUUUCCCGCCACAGAGUAUCUCAGCCACAUGAUACACACCCACGCUCUGAAGGCAUCUCCUCCGCGGUCAGUGGUCCUGGACUGCCAUCAUGUCAGCACCAUGGAUUACACAGUGAUCAGUGAGCUCAGGGACGUGCUGAGACAGUUCAAACUACAAGACGUGCAGCUAAUCUUUUCCAGAUUGCAGCCCUCUGUCCUGGAAGUUCUCCUCGCGGCUGAUCUGGAGGGCCUCAGGUACACACACAGCGUGGAGGCGGCGCUGCUGCUGGUGGAGUCAGGGAACCUCCUCGAUGACUGACACAGAAACUGUCCAAUCACAGUCUGGCGACAAAAUGUUUGAUGCUGGACGGUACACAGUGUGGCAAUACCACUGAUAACAGUUAUGAUAAAAGAGGUCAAACUACCUCCAUUUACUGGCAGUCUAUUGCCCAGUGACCAAGUGACUUUACUCUGGAUAUGAUUGUGCAAUCUCCCAGAUUACAACACUAAAUAAUGAGAGAAAUAAUUUUACUGAAGUGUAUAUUUUUACUACGUGUUUAACUAUCUGUUAUUUUUUAAGAGUUUAUAGUGGAGCUGCCCGAGACCAAAUCUGAAGUUACAGAAUAACAAUUUGAAACUGAUUGAAUUAUAUCACAAACCCAUACCAGCACAUUUAUACAAGGAUUUUAAGCAAAUAAAAAGUUUAUACAUGCAUGUUUGUGUGAAGCUGCACAAUCGUACAUUUGAACAGAA